AACGAGCACGUUGCCAGGAACCAGUCUAGGCAAGAAAAGAAGGACAGAUAGCGAAGGACGAAGAUGGCAGACCACAACACAAAUAACGAAGAAAAAACGCCACUAAACGAAGCAGCAGUGGACCCAGAUGUAGAUACUAAGGCACAGUUUGUAAAUGGAGGAAAAGUCGAACCACAUGUCGCCAUAGAAUGUGGAUCGGGAGACGACGUGAGUUUUACGGGAUUGGGGAAGGAGGAGUUGAUGCAAUAUGCAGAUGAUCCUUUCUGGAAAAGAGUACGACUUAUCCUCCUGAUCGUCUUCUGGGCGGGAUGGAUCGCUAUGCUGGUAGCGGCUAUCGUUAUCAUUGUCCUAGCCCCAAGAUGUCCCUACAGGCCCGACCAAAAGUGGUACGACAAAGAGAGCGUCUAUGAAAUCCUCUCAGAAUCUUUCCAGGACUCCAGCCCCAAGUCAGAUGGCGCGCAGAAGGAAGGAGAUGGAUAUGGAGAUAUUAAUGGUAUUGCAUCUCGUUUGAACUACCUUAAAGAUGAUGUCGGCAGUAAAGCUCUAUACAUCAACUCCAUGUAUGAGAGUGAUGAUAAUAGUCGCAUGGCAGUUGUUAACCACAAGAGUUUGGACAGCGUACUAGGAACCAUGGCAGACUUUGAUCAGCUCCGCAAAACCACUAAAAAGAUGGAAAUGCGCCUUAUCAUGGACUUCAUUCCUAACCACACUGGGAAAAAACAUGAAUGGUUUGUGAAGAGUCAGCAGAAAGAAGGGAAAUACACAGACUACUACGUCUGGGCUACAUGUAAUCCAAAUGACGGAACCUAUCCCAACAACUGGAUGAGUGUGAAAGGCAACAGAUCCUGGACAUAUGAUGCCACUAGAAAGGAAUGCUACCUCCAUCAACUGGAGAGCGACAAGCCAGAUCUGAACCUCUGGAACGCAGAUGUCAAGCAAGAAUUGGAGGGUAUCCUACGUUUCUGGCUGGACAAAGGAGUGGAUGGGUUCCAUGUCUUGAAUGCCGAGUAUUUGUAUGAGGAUGAAAGUCUUGCUGAUGAAAUUCUGAUGCCUGGAAAGUCGGGGAAUGCAUAUGAUGACUUUGAGCACAACCAAACUAUGAACCAUCCAGAGAAUCUGAAGCUUUUGACUGCCUGGAAAUCUGUCCUUGAGUCCUACAAUACCAAACCAGGCAGGGAAAAGGCCCUUAUUGUAACAGCUAAGGAUGAUUUGAACACCACCAUGCAGUACUUUGAUGCCGGAGCCACCAUUGUACGAGUCACCCCCUUUGCAGACAGCAGCGCAUCAUUGGCUGAAAGUAUUGAGACCAAACUUACAGACUCCAAUGCCAAGAGAAUUGGAUGGAUGUAUAGCAAUAAAGAUUCCAGUCGUCUUGCAAGCAAAGUCAAACCCGAAGUAGUGAAAGCUUUGCUAACUCUUCAAGCUACCUUGCCUGGAGUUUCUUUCAAUUACUAUGGAAACGAGAUAGGAAUGACUGACCAUCCAUCAUUACCAGUGCCAAAUAAAUACAGAACUCCCAUGCAGUGGAAUUCUAAGGGAACAGGGUUUUCAGAGCAUACCAAAUGGCUUGCACAAAAUCCCAACUUUGCGGAUGUCAAUGUUGAGUCGGAAAAAGCUGUGGGAGAUGAAUACACCACUCUGAAGGUCAUGGGAAGACUGUCAAAACUUCGUGAAAAUGAGUCCUUCCAGUGGGGAGUUAUGAAUGUUUUCAGAGAUAAGGAUCUCAUAAUGUUCACAAGAAAGGCAGAGGGAUUUCCAGGCUAUCUGGUUGCCAUGAAUCUUGGAUCCAAGAGGGUUACAGAGUCUUUCCAUGGGGCCACUGGAAUCCCCAAGGAGGUUAAGGUGGUGUUCCACACCCACAAGGAUGAUAACACUGCCAUCAAUCUGUCUGACAACUCCUACAUUCUGGAAGCAAAUCAUGCAAUCAUUUUGGAAUAUGCCUAAAUUUGUAUUUUCUAUUGCAAUUUUCUAGAAACCAAUUUUUUUUUUCAUUAAUAUAUUUAUUUAAAAAAUUUUCUUUGGAAAUUUGUACUUAAAAUGCAUGAAGAGUGCAAAAAAUAAAAGUAAUGGAAUGAAAAAUUCAAACAAAUUGCAUCAAUUUUCAGGAAAUAAAUAUUUGGCAGUAA